UUCUCCUUCUCCUUCUCCUCGAAUAUGUCUCUCAUUGAUCAUACUAUUACCUCUUCCUUCCUUCUCUUCUUUCGUUUAUAUUAGCUUUUUGGUUAAUUUCGCUUACCACCACAACACUUUCCUUUCUUAAAAGGAAUAAAGGAUAUUUGGGAAUAAUGGAUGUGAAACCAAAGAGAAAAAUUGUUACUGAGAAUGGUGAUACAGGAGAAGAUUUGGUUCUUGCAACUUUGAUUUCGAAUGGUGAUGAUGUUGGUCCUCUUGUUAGGCAUGCCUUCGAAAUGGGGAGGCCCGAAUCACUUCUUCACCAGCUCAAGAAUGUGGUGAAGAAGAAGGAAACCGAGAUUGAAGAACUCUGCAAAACACAUUAUGAGGAAUUCAUUCUUGCUGUCGAUGAGCUUCGGGGGGUUUUGGUUGAUGCUGAAGAGCUUAAAUGUGAUCUGUCAAGUGAUAAUUUUCGGUUGCAAGAAGUUGGGAGUGUUCUUUUGAUUAAACUUGAGGAGCUUCUUGAGUCUUAUGCUAUUAAGAAGAAUGUGACUGAAGCUGUUAAAAUGUCGAAAAAUUGUGUAAUGGUGUUAGAGCUUUGUGUAAAGUGUAACAGUCAUGUUUCUGAGGGCCGAUUUUAUCCAGCAUUGAAGACGAUCGAUUUGAUUGAGAAGAAUUACUUGGAGAAGAUUCCUGUCAAGGCUUUGAGAAUGGUUAUUGAGCAGAGAAUUCCUGUUAUUAAAUCGCAUGUUGAGAAGAGAGUUUGUAGUAAGUUCAAUGAGUGGCUUGUGCACAUAAGGAGUUCUGCUAAGGAUAUCGGUCAAACAGCGAUAGGUCAUGCUGCAUCGGUUCGUCAGAGGGACGAGGAAAUGCUGGAACGUCAAAGGAAAGCUGAGGAGCAAAAUGUCAUGGGGUUAGAAGAGUUUUCGUUUAAUUUAGAGGUGGAAGAAGUAGAUGAGGAAUCGGUUUUGAAAAUCGAUCUUACACCUCUUUAUCGAGCAUACCACAUUCACAAUUGCUUAGGAAUUCCUGAGCAGUUUCGGGAUUAUUACUAUAAGAAUCGAAUGCUGCAGCUUAACUCGGAUUUACAAAUCUCUUCGGUGCAGCCUUUUGUUGAGUCUUAUCAAACAUUUUUAGCUCAAAUUGCAGGGUUCUUCAUAGUGGAGGAUCGGGUUCUCAGGACUGCUGGGGGUUUGCUUUUAGCUGAACAAGUUGAAAUAAUGUGGGAAACAGCUUUAGCUAAGAUGAUAUCGGUUUUGGAUGAACAAUUCUCACAUAUGGAUUCAACAACACACCUUCUUUUGGUGAAAGAUUAUGUCACACUUCUUGGUUCAACUCUUAGACAGUACGGGUAUGAAGUUGGUCCACUCCUUGAGGCUUUGGACAAUUGCAGAGACAAGUACCAUAAACUUCUUUUAGAAGAGUGUCGGGAACAGAUUGUAAACGUUCUUGCUCACGAUUCGUACGAGCAAAUGGUUUUGAAGAAAGACUCUGAUUACGAAACCAAUGUGUUGCUAUUCAAUCUCCAAAACUCGGAUAUUAUGCCUGCAUUUCCUUAUGUAGCGCCUUUUUCUUCGAUGGUGCCUGAUUCAUGUCGAAUUGUUCGAUCCUUUAUCAAAGGUUCGGUUGAUUACUUGUCUCAUGGUGUCUAUGCUAAUUUCUAUGAUGUAGUGAAAAAGUACACAGACAAGCUUCUAAUCGAUGUGUUGAACGAGAUCUUACUCAACACGAUUCAAAGCAACAACAUCGGUGUAUCUCAAGCAAUGCAGAUCGCUGCAAACAUAUCUGUUCUCGAAAGAGCUUGCGAUUUCUUUGUUCGAAAUGCAGCUCAGCUAUGUGGGAUCCCAGUUCGAUCGGUUGAGAGGACUCAAGCUUGUUUAACUGCAAAGGUAGUUCUAAAAACUUCAAGAGAUGCUGCUUAUCUUGCUCUGUUGAAUUUGGUUAACAAUAAGUUGGAUGAGUAUAUGGCACUAACCGAAAACAUAAAAUGGACUUCAGAGGAGAUAGCAGAGAAUGGGAACGACUAUAUCAACGAAGUCAUCGUUUACCUUGACACGAUUAUGUCCACGGCUCAGCAAAUUUUGCCGUUGGAUUCGUUGUACAAGAUUGGAUGUGGAGCUCUAGAGCACAUUUCCAACUCGAUAGUGUCUGCCUUCCUUAGUGAUAGCGUCAAGAGGUUUAGUCCGGCUGCUGUUAUUGGCAUCAACACCGAUCUAAAGAUGUUAGAGAAUUUCGCGGAAGAAAGAUUUCAUGGUAUGGGAUUAAGCGAAGUGUACAAGGAAGGUAGUUUUAGAGGCUGUUUGAUCGAAGCACGCCAACUAAUCAACCUUUUAUCGAGCAGUCAACCCGAGAACUUCAUGAAUCCUGUGAUUCGCGAGCGAAACUACAAUGCCUUGGAUUACAAGAAAGUUAGUACGGUUUGUGAGAAGUUUAAGGAUGCACCUGAUGGGAUCUUUGGAAGCCUUGCAACGAGGAACACGAAGCAAAGCGCGAAGAAGAAAUCGAUGGACAUGCUGAAGAAAAGAUUGAAGGAUUUCAACUGAUAUCUAUCAAAAGGUCCCUUCUUUACUCUUAUUAGUUUAGUAUAGUUUUGUUUUGGUUUUUCUAUUGAGUUUGAGAAUGUAUGGGAAUCAUUAACAUUUCCUAAUGAUAUAUGUCCAUACAAUAAAUAUGCAAUUUGAUUUCUUUUUUCUCUUGA